AUGAGGGACGCAGAGGCCAAUGCAUUUGGUGGGAGGAGGGACGCGGAGGCCAAUGCAUUUGGUGGGAGGAGGGACGCGGAGGCCAAUGCAUUUGGUGGGAGGAGGGACGCGGAGGCCAAUGCAUUUGGUGGGAAGAGGGACGCGGAGGCCGGUGCAUUUGGUGGGAAGAGGGACGCGGAGGCCGGUGCAGUUGGUGGGAAGAGGGGCGCGGAGGCCGGUGCAUUUGGUGGGAAGAGGGGCGCGGAGGCCGGUGCAUUUGGUGGGAAGAGGGGCGCGGAGGCCGGUGCAGUUGGUGGGAAGAGGGGCGCGGAGGCCGGUGCAGUUGGUGGGAAGAGGGGCGCGGAGGCCGGUGCAGUUGGUGGGAAGAGGGGCGCGGAGGCCGGUGCAGUUGGUGGGAAGAGGGGCGCGGAGGCCGGUGCAGUUGGUGGGAAGAGGGGCGCGGAGGCCGGUGCAGUUGGUGGGCAGAGGGGCGCAGCGGCCGGUGCAGUUGGUGGGCAGAGGGGCGCAGCGGCCGGUGCAGUUGGUGGGAAGAGGGGCGCAGAGGCAGGUGCAGUUGGUGGGCAGAGGGGCGCAGAGGCCGGUGCAGUUGGUGGGAAGAGGGGCGCAGAGGCCGGUGCAGUUGGUGGGAAGAGGGGCGCAGCGGCCGGUGCAGUUGGUGGGAAGAGGGGCGCAGCGGCCGGUGCAGUUGGUGGGAAGAGGGGCGCAGCGGCCGGUGCAGUUGGUGGGAAGAGGGGCGCAGAGGCCGGUGCAGUUGGUGGGCAGAAAGAUCCGCCCAGCAGUUCCCAUGGGAGGAGUGAGAUCCUAACGACGUAUUCAGAACAGCACGGGGCAUAA